GGAGACAACAUGGCGGCGGACUCAGUGUUGAAGGUGAUAUUUGAGCACGACGGCGUCUUCAUCCAUCCGAGCGGCGAUGAAGACGGCCUCGAUCAGGAUCUGCUGGUUUCAGGGUGUCUGCGGAUCCUCGACAAGGAUGCGGAGGUGCUGGUGGAGUUCAGACCUCUGGAGGACACCGUGGAUCCGUCCAACAUGCUGUGUGCCGGGAAGGACUCCAGUUCAGUGAUGGAAUGGAACCAGUGUCCAGAGCGUUCCCAGGCCCAGCAGCUUCUGGAGAGUCAGCACAGCUAUGAGACAGAGUGGGACAUGGUGAACGCCGUAACCUUCAGGAAGAAGGCCUGCAGCAACGGAGAAGGAUCUCUGAACCACAGCCAUGAGAGGAGCCGCUGGACCUUCAGCGUCAGCGUCAGCGACCUGAGAUCCAUCACAGUGAAGGAGGAGGGCUGGACCUUCCUGCUGCUGCAGCUGAAGGACGCCUCCGCCUCGCUGCCACCGCUGCACUUCCACCAGGGCGGCAGCAGAGAGUUCCUGGACAGCCUGCGGAGGUUCGCUCUGCUCACCGAGUCACCGGACGAUGAAACGUGUCUGCUGGUCAGCACUCCUAACAAAGCUCUAUCGCAGUCCUUUGAGAACCUUCUGGAUGACAACAACUUUGGCCUCGUUCACAAGCUGAAGCGCGACCCGUACGUCACCACGCUGGGCGGGUUCUCCAAAGUCACCAACUACAUCUUUGACGCCCUGCGAGGGACGGAGGAGCAGCAGCAGCGCCCCCCGGAGGAGGUGGCCGACCUGCUGGGAGAAGUCAUCCCAGGACUGGAAAUCAACCAGCAGGAGGAGCCCGGCUUCGAGGUCAUCACCAGGAUCGACCUGGGAACCAGACCUCAGGUGAGCCGCCGAGAACCGCUGUCCGCCGAGGACUGGACCAAACACCAGGACGAGGAGGGGAGGAUGGUGGAGACCAACCAGCUGAAACAGAACAUCUUCAAAGGGGGUCUGUGUCACGCUGUGAGGAAAGAAGCCUGGAAGUUUCUUCUCGGGUAUUUUCCGUGGGAGAGUUCGCUGGAGGAGAGGAAAGUUCUGCAAAGAGCCAAAACCGACGAAUACUUCAGGAUGAAGCUUCAGUGGAAAUCAGUGAGCGAAGAGCAGGAGAGAAGGAACUCCAGACUGAGAGACUAUCGGAGUCUGAUCGAGAAAGACGUGAACCGAACAGACAGAACCAACCGGUUCUAUGAAGGCAUCGACAACCCAGGCCUGGUUCUGCUGCACGACAUCCUGAUGACCUACUGCAUGUACGACUUUGACCUGGGUUACGUCCAGGGGAUGAGUGACCUUCUGUCACCGAUCCUGUAUGUGAUGGAGAACGAGGUGGACGCGUUCUGGUGCUUCGUGUCCUUCAUGGACCAGAUGGUGAGAAAAACCCUGGUUCUGGUGGUUUAGUGAACAGACAGAACAAGUGAAGCUGCAGCUGGAAAAACAUAAUCAAUAACCUUGGUUGUUGUCCAACAGUCAAUAAUCAGCUGUAGUCAAUAAUCAGCUGUAGUCAAUAAUCAGCUGUGGUCAGUAAUCAAUAAUCAGCUGUAGUCUAACAAUCAAUAAUCAGCUGUAGUCAAUAAUCAAUAAUCAGCUGUAGUCUAGCAAUCAAUAAUCUGCUGUAGUCUA